AUGUCACUUUUCGGCGGCGGCAGCGCGACCGCGCCUGCAGCUGCGACCAACACCACCGGCGACAUCUCCAAGGAUGUUGCUUUGAACCAACCUCCUGAGGACGGUAUCUCCGAUCUCCGAUUCUCACCAGUCAGCGACCACCUUGCCGUCGCCUCGUGGGACAAGAAAGUUCGCAUUUACGAAAUCAACGCACAGGGACAAAGUGAAGGAAAGGCAUUGUUCGAGCACGAAGCUCCUGUUUUGAACUGCUGCUGGUCUCCGGAUGGAUCCAAGGUUGUCGGAGCCGGUGCCGACAAGGCAGCCCGCAUGCUGGAUCUCGGAGCAGGUGGAACCACCGCGGUCCAGGUGGCCGCACACGACGCGCCGAUUCGAAGCUGCCACAUGAUUCCCAAUCCCACAGUCGGCGGAUCGCCGCUGCUGAUCACCGGUUCGUGGGAUAAGACCGUGAAAUACUGGGAUAUCCGCCAACAGACACCAAUCGCAUCACUGGAAUGCCAGGACCGCAUCUACACCAUGGACGUCAAGAACAAGCUGCUCGUCAUCGGAACCGCAGACCGCUACAUCAACAUUGUCAACCUCGACCAGCCGACCAAGUUCUACAAGACCAUGCAAUCCCCCCUCAAGUGGCAGACGCGGGUAGUCAGCUGCUUUGCCGAUGCCUCUGGAUUUGCCGUUGGAUCCGUCGAGGGUCGCUGUGCUAUCCAGUAUGUCGAGGAGAAGGAUUCCGCCUCAAACUUCUCCUUCAAGUGUCAUCGUGAAACACCCACUGGCCAGCGCGACGUCUGUAACAUCUUCUCCGUUAACUCUAUCACUUUCCACCCCAUCCACGGAACCUUCAGCACGGCCGGUAGCGACGGUACAUUCCACUUCUGGGAUAAGGACGCCAAGCACCGUCUCAAGGGCUACCCUGCCGUUGGAGGCCCUAUCACUACCACCGCGUUCAACCACACUGGAACCAUCUUCGCCUACUCCGUCAGCUAUGACUGGAGCAAGGGCUACGCCGCCAACACUCAGCAGACCACCAACAAAGUCAUGCUGCAUCCUAUCGGACCAGAUGAGACAAAGCCCCGACCCAACACGCGGAAGCGUUAA